CAGUUACAAUGUCUGCCUACGAGGAGAACGAGUCCAAAUUUAUGAGAAAAGCCAAAGAGAAUCCAUUUGUUCCUGUGGGAAUGGCUGGCUUCUUCGCCAUCGUCGGCUACAGACUGUGGAAGUUGAAAAGUCGCGGGGACACCAAAAUGUCCGUGCACCUGAUCCACAUGCGCGUGGCCGCCCAAGGCUUCGUGGUAGGAGCCAUGACUGUCGGUGUCAUUUAUACAAUGUACAGGGACUUCUUCGCCAAACCAAGACUAGAACAGAACCCCACGCAAUCCAAGUGAACAUGGACUCAACGCCUUUUAUUUAACCUUCCUUAAUAUUACCUCAUAUUAAGGUUUAUUUUGUACUGAUCGAUUGCAUCUAUGUGCAAGUUAAUAUUAGAUUUGAUAACCUGUCUACACAAUAGUACUGUAUGUGAAACGAUCACCCGCUUAUAAACACACAGGUUACAGUUAUAAUUCUUGAUUAUUUAAGGCUAAUUGUUUGUGUUUAGAUUUUGAAUGGUGUGGGAGUGACAUUGAAUUGGUUAAAAUAUAUUUAUGGGAUGUAAAUAGGCUAUGACUAUAUAGGGGGAAAAAUAUUUUGUUUUGUCUUUUCGAUACAUCAUCAUUAAUGUACUGAUGCGGGGAUUGGUAUUUUUAUAUUUUGCCAAAUCAAAAAAAAUCAGCAUUGUGAUUUAUGUUGACUCAGGUCCAUUUACAUUGCAAGUGAUGCUUCAUGAGAGGCAAAUGAAGCGGUAAGCAUAAUGUACACUGUAAGUACAGUUAUAGUAUAUAGCAUGUUGUGCUAUAUUGCACCGAAAUGCCUUAUGUGACAGCUAUUUUCAAUGUGCUCCAAACAACAAAGCGUAUGAGGGAAAAGUGGUUAAGAUUGCACGACUGUCCGUGUUUUUGUUAUGUGUCAUCUUUAUUUUACUUUCUGUUAACUGUUUUGUAAAGUGCUUUGUUACAGCUGCAGCGGUUGUAAAAGCACUAUAUAAAUCAGGAUGUCUUGUAUUGUGUAUGCUCAGGCAGUUUCAGUGUUUGUAUGUUUUCAUGGUACUGAAAAAUAAAUGAUCAGUAUGUCAUAA